CGGCAUCCCUGUUGAUGCCCUCAAGUGGCAACGGGCAAAGCAGCAGCAGACAAGGAGAGCAGCCGUCGGCAACAGGAGAGAAGCUCCGACGGGACUUGGCAGAGUUGCUUAUGAGCUUUGGAGUAGCCAGAUUCUUCGCUGAGCAUCACAGCAUCACCCGCCUCUGGCGUAAGUGGUAAAGAAGGUCGUUGAUGUUCCUGGUAUUUAUUUUGGCUGAUUAACUGAAGAAGGCCACCUUUCCCAGACAACCAGGUAAAAUAUCUCUGGCUCCAUCAACCGCUCCUCCAAGAGCUUGCUUUCCAGACCCUUCAUCAUCACCCUGGUCGUCAUCCUCCAGACGGGUUUCAGCUUGUCAAUAUCCUUCUGAAAGGAGGGUGCCCAGAAUUGGACAGAAUCUUCCAGUCUCUUAACAGCAAGCCCGAGACCGCCUGGCAGGGGGGGAACCAUGUCGAACAACAUGGCCAAGAUUGCAGAGGCCCGUAAGACAGUGGAGCAGCUGAAACUGGAAGUCAACAUCGACCGCAUGAAGGUGUCCAAGGCAGCUGCUGAUCUCCUCGCUUACUGUGAAGCCCACGCCAAGGAAGACCCUCUGGUGACCCCUGUCCCCUCUUCAGAAAACCCCUUUCGUGAGAAACGGCUUUUUUGCAUCGUGCUCUAAGCCUGGGUGUGGGUGCGGAGGGCGCCACGGGCUCUUCCCCCUCCUUCCAGGCUGGGGUGCAACCGUUUUGCUUGCAUCUUCAUUUCAGAAGCCUCUCCCCCACCCCACCACCACUAAAAUUAAACAACGGGGGAGAAAUGUUGGUGUCAACAGGAUGAAGAACAAGGUGUGUGUGUGUAACUAGCAGGGUGUGGGUGUGUAACUAAGGAAGAACUAACAGACAAUGGACAUCUGUCUGUUGGCUCUUCCUCCUAUCCUUGGUGUGGUAUCUAUGUGACCUUAGCACAGAUAAAUUCUCAUGUAGCCUUAUCUCUUUGCAAACCUACCACUCUCUCUGUCUAAGUUCUAACUACUACAUUUCUCAUGAUCCAAACUCCAAAAAGUUCUGGUUAUCCUAUAAAAUAUUCAUUGCCCUGUGUAGUCAUGGGAGCAUCUCAGCUUUUCAUUAAUAAACAAGACAGUUACUAGUCCACAUUGGUAUUGAGUGCUCGCCUGCAUAUGUUAUAUUGUCCCCUGUUUUAUUACUGUAGUAGCUGGAGGAACAAGCAUGAGGAGGGGGAUGUCCCCAGUCAACCCCUCCAGGAGCUAUGCUUAGAAAAGGCAUUCAACUUGCCUUUUCCUUAAAUUGGUUGUUCCAAUAAAUGUG